UUAAUGUCAUGAGUUGACAAACAUCACAUUUCACAUUACUUUUAAAUUUUAUUUUUCCGCUUAAGAAGCUCUAAGAUUUAUUAUGUGUGAAAUUAGGAAGGUGUAUCUUUUAAUCGCGACGGUUAUCACUGGGGCGAUCGGCAUGGGCAUGAUUUCGCUCGGGCAAAAUAAAAUGAUCGAAGCUGGCUUUCUCGAUGCUUUUCUCAGUGAUCAUAUCCAUUUAGGAAGGACAUUUAUCAGCGUGGGGAUGAUGCUCAUCGUAAUAGCGUUGGUCGGGAUGAUCGGGGUUUUAUUGCACAUCGACAUCAUGCUCCAAAUAUACGCGGGUCUUAUGUUCACGCUGGUAAUAACGCAAAUCUUGAUUGGCUUUAUUAUAUUUUAUCGCAUGGAUCUCAUCCGCCAAACUCUCAAUAAAACACUCGAGGUAAAGUACCAGAACUACGAACUGUACAAAGCCGAAAUAGACAGACUACAGAAGAUCAGUUCAUGCUGCGGUAUGUCCGGUCCUAAAGAGUGGAAAAUAAAGGAACUACCAUCGUCUUGUUGCGGCCGGGAAAAUGGUAGUUGCCCUGUAUCGUCGGCGUACAGUUCUUCUUGUUCGGAAGAAGCGGGAAGGCUACUUACAUAUGGCUUCUACUUCGUCGCCGUCCUCUGCUUCAUUCUCGUAGUGUUUGAAGUGAAAUGUGCCCUUUGUGCCUGUUGCAUGACCGAUCCCUGCGCCCUGUUUUCCUGCAUUACCGGAUACCACAGGAAAAAGAAAAAAGACUCGGAAACCUAAAGCUCAAGUGAUCAUCUAGCAUCUCGAGUAAGUCUGAUCAGAACCGUAAGCUCUGUAAAAUUCGUCAGUACGAAUAAAAAAA